GAGCAGGGGAGGGGCAAAGAGAGAGAGAGGAAGACACAGAAUUUGAAGCAGUCUCCAGGCUCUGAGCUGUCAGCACAGAGCCCAACGUGGGGCUCAAACUCACGGACCGCGAGAUAAUGACCUGAGCCGAAGUUGGACGCUUAACCGACUGAGCCACCCAAGCCCCCCUAGACAUAAUUUUCUUAAUACAGCUCCUCUUAUAUCAGAGAUUGCUUUUUCAUAACACACCUAGUGUAGCAUGAUUGUCAGUAAUCACAAUGUGAUCAAAUAUUAUUUGGUAUUUUAUUAGAAGAAUGUAUUUCACGGCACCAUUUAUAGAUGAUGUUUCAUCUGCAAUGUCGAGUUCCUUCUACAUAAAGAGUAGACAAUAUUCGCUGGUGCUUCCUUCAGUUCUUUCUGUGCAUUAUUAAAGUUAGGAUCCAUUUGGCAAUAGGGUAUGCUGCAAACCUAACAGUGCUGUCUCAAAACAUAUGCCUCAGAUAUUUUGCUGUAAUUAUAAAACUAAUAGAUGUCACUGUUUCAGUAAGUCAAUUAGAAUACUCCUGGCUUGGAACAGUAUCAGGGAAAAACAUUUUUGACAGUUUUAGGAAUCCUUGCACAUAAAAUUACAUUAAAUGUUUGCAUUUGAUUCUAUCCUGUGUUAUAUCCAUAAAUAGCAGCAUAUCAUUUUAGUUAGAGUAUAGGUUUUGAAAUCAUACAGAUCUGGGUUGAAAUCCCAAGCCUGUCAACUGGGAGCUAUGUGUCCUUGGACCAUUCUGCUCAUGAGCCCCAGAUCCCUCAACCCCAAUAUGAAGUUAUAACUACAAAACAAAUAAAUGAGAACUUAUAUGUAAAAUAUUUAACCCAGUGCCAAGUAUAUAGUAAUCAAUCACUCAACUCAAUGGAAUUUAAAAAAUUAAUGUGUGUAAUUUACUACAGUGUAUCUCAAUUCUUGCAAGUUUUUAUUUACAGUUAUCUAGGGGGAGGAAAAAAAUUAUUUUUCCUACUACUCGUUUAGUUUCUCUGGGUGGGGACCUAUAUGGUGGAUUGAUAAGACAGAUUAAAAAGAGAAAAACACACAAAUUUAAUAUAAGUUCUAUAUGGCAAUAGAAUCUUUAUAAGGAAAUGAUGACCUUAUGAAAUGUUAAACCUGAGUUUUUAUACUAGGUUUGACAAAGAGCAGAAAGUUGUGGGAAAACAGGAUAAACUAAAAGGGUAUGAGUGAAGGGUAAUAAACUGGAGGAAAUUUAGGCCUGUUCUUUUGGAUUCCUCUUGACAUCCUUCUGUCUUCAGAGAUAAGGAUGCUCCUUUUUUCUGGUUACAGAGAGGGCACCUCUUAUAAGAGGGCCUUAUGACCUGCUUCAGGUAAUAAGGGGAAGGUUAGAGAGUCCUUCUUGCACCUGUUGUUUCACACAAGCUUUCAGCUUAAAAUCUUUAAUAUGUCAAGGUGCCAUAUUUAAGGAAGGAUAUUCUCAUCCCAUUCAUGGUCCUUACUGUUACAUGGCUGAUGUCAUAUGAGCGUACUUGUCACCUAUUUAAAUUCAAGAGCUGACUGCCAUCUGCAUAGAGACAAAUGAAGCCUUUUUCUUUUCUGUGAUUUUAGUUCCUUUUGUCUCUUGAUAUAGCACUAUGUGUACACUUAAGUUCUGCAUUUCUGCAUUGAAAUGUGUUGUUUUAAAAUUAAGAUUAUCCUUUGUGACAGAAAUGACUGUCAUAUGCUUUCAAGAUUGUCUAUCAGUUAAACUCAGAUAUCUGAGUUGCAUAACACCCAGAUACUUGGAAAAUUAUGGGGACUGAUGUUGCAACUAUUUCUAAGUAUCUUCCUUAUUAAAAAGUACUGAUAUAUACAUAUAAUGAUAAGACUUUAUUAUUAUUUAAGUAUGCAAAUAUGAAUGCCUAUUACCAUAUCACUAACUUGAUUCUGGAGUCUAUUUUUACAUUCAUGCACCUAGCGUUGUUUUAUAUUAAUUAUAUCAGUAGUUAAUCAUUGUUUUUGCUUCUUCCCUCCAAUGAGAAAAUAUUUUGGAGCCAAUUAUGCUUCUGUGAUGAGGACUGAGUAUGCCCCCCCCCUUUUUUUGGUAUGUUCUCCCUUAGUCUAGAAAUUAAUUUUUAUUAACUCAUCAUUAUGUUCGUUACAUCAAUAAAUCAGCAAGUAUUUAUUGUGUACCCAGUGUUCACCAAAGCAGCAUUUUGUUGUCUUUAAAUUGCUUAUAAAUAUCUCAGUUACUUGCUAAUUCACUGUGUAGAUUAAUUGACCUUGAUCUAGUUAUAGAUUUAAAUUAUGUUCUCCUGGAAUCUUAAAAGUUUCAAGGGCUCACUUUUCCAGACAUAAGUUAGUAAAUGAAAGUAUAUAAGUUAAAAUUGCAAGCAUGCCUAUCUCUUUCAUACUCUCUAUUCAAGAAUCCUGCUAGUGUUGCACUGUGUGUUAACUAGCUGGUCUAUGUUGUAUUUUAAAAGGCCAAAGAAGUAAGGCUCUAGAAAAAGAGCUAUGGUUUUUAUGUGGUAAGUAUUUCAAUAAUUUCUUAUGAUGGAGGCCUAUCUAAACACAUUUUCUCUUACCAGAAUAGGAAGGGCAAUCUAAGGGCUUCAUUUAACUGAACAUUAUUAUAGCAUAAAAGUAAUAGAAAAUAAUUAUUAUUUCUGCUGAAGUUCCACUUGUCAGUUGAGCUUUAGCUGCUUGUGAACUCAAGAGUCAUGAUCUAAGUGAUUUAUCUUCUUUCUCCAUUCCCAACAUUGACAUGAGAAUAGACAGAAUCAGCUACAAGUUCUGUUUUUCCUCUUUCUGUGCCUGUAGCAGUAGCUCUGUGGAAUGUGUAUGAUUUCGACCGUUAGCUACAAUCUUUUUCUGAACUUGCACUCUUAACUGUAUGUAACUGGAAAGGCUGUUACAAAAAUGAGCUAGAAAUAUUGCAGUAGUAUUUUUUUUUUAACCUAGAGAAAAAGUGAAGAAAAACUGCUAUGUUAAAACAAAUUUUUGUGGUAUCCAAAAUCGAAAUGAUACUAAUUAAUGUAAAAUGGGCAUUAUGAAAAAAAGUUCAAGAUUAAGGUAGGUACUGUUUUGCUUACAUAUGUGCAUAUGUGUGCACACACACACACACACACACACACACACACAUAUUUUGCAAGUAUUUAAUGGCCCUGAAUUCACAUAGACAAUAUAUAGUUGACUAAGCUAAGGGAGAAGAUUCAUUAGACCUGCUGGCUCCUCCAAAUGCAUAAAUUUAACUUAGACAUGAUGUGCAGAUAUCAGUUCUUCAGUAGUCGUAGGAACUACAUUGAUACUCUUAGCAGAUGCCUCUGGCAUACAUAGUAUUCCCUUGGCUCAACUCUGUUUUCACCCAGACCCAAAGUGAACUAUUUUGUUGGCACUCAGGCCUAUCCCAGUUACCUAAUUGUCAACUCAAAUGCCUCCUACUUGUCUUUCAGCAUUCUGCCAUAAGACUUCCUGAGGACCAGUAGUUUGCUCAGCUAGCACCCAUCUGCUUAUGUGCAGGGAAGUUCAUGCCAGUGAAGAUUGUUUUCAGUCACUGGCAGAAAAGGCCUGUGCAUCAUUACCCCAGUUUUAUAUUUUUCAGAGAUCUGGGCAGAAUUGGGUCCUCCUUGCCAACAGUGGCAACUUCAAUAAUAACACAUAUUGUAGCUUUUCUUCUUUUUUCAUCUCUCUCUCCCUGUUGCUUAACACUUAGUUCCUGGGAUCACCUCCCAAAUAAACUACCUGCCUACCUGCAUCAAGGUCCUUACCUUGUCCUCUACUUUCUGGGGAUUCCAAAUGAGAGUAUUAUGCCAUAUAGGAACAUUUGAAUUGAUUAUGUUUGAAUAACUCCAAACAUUUGUAGGCAUAAUCAAUCCAUAAGUAUUUGCCAACCAUUUAGUUAUUUAGUGUUGUUAGGAAAAUAUCACACAGCCUUUUGUGAAUCUGGUUUGGCAAAACGUUAAUCUUAUUACCACCUCUUUUAACAUUUAACAUACUGUCUACCUUCUUGGAAAGCAACUGUCAUCUUGUUGGUGAAGUAACACUUACAUGUUUGAAACAGUUGGCCGAUACUAUGAGAAUCUGUGCCUUUCUGCCAUUUUACUGAUUACUGAAUUUCUUGGUAGCACACUAAUUGGAGUGAUGUCUUACUCCAGAAGUCUCAAGGUGAUCAAUUGCAGCAGAACUUUCUACCUAAAGCUUAUCUUUCAAAAGCAGGCUCUCUUGAAAGGUAUGGUUCACAUAGGAAGUUGUGAAAAACUUUGUAGAAGAGGAGGGAUUUUACCCAAUUUUAGGUAACUGUGUUGGAGACUGUGAAAGUCAGUAUCAAAUUAGCGGUAUGUGCAAGGGCACAGAUGUAGGAGAAUCAUUAUGUUUCAUCCAAAAGAGAUGUUAGGGAGAAAGUAGUCCUAUAACCAACUUGCUUUUUCUUGUGUAAAAAUGGAAGUUUAUGUGCAAAAAAAAUAGUAUAUAAAAAUGAAAGCAAGGCAUCCAUUCACACACAGCUUUUCAGAGGGAAAAUAAAAUGUGUCAUAACAAAAAUGCUGGCAUAUAUUUACUUAGAUAUCUUGGACUUGUAGGUGUGUAAAAGAUGUAGUAUAGCUAUUUUACAUUUGUGUACAUGAUCUGGCUUGAUGAAUAUCAAUAUUUUUCUUCCAUUGUAUUAUCACAACCAAGGAUAAAGUAAUUAUCACAGAACUGGGAGAAAACAGGUUGUAUUAUCCCAUGCACCUAUUCUAACUUUUGCAUGUUUGACUACCUGGUCAGAAUGGUGGUGGACGAUCAAUUACAUAAACCAUGUCUACAACCAUCUUCUGUGGGAGAAAAGGGACCGGAAAAAGCAAGAAUUUGUUUGUCUUCAGAGUAAACAAAACAAAACAAAACAAACAAACAAAAAGACCAAAAAAAAAAAAAAACCCUCUCCCUCUACAAUACUGUCAAGAGAAGUGCUGACUAUUUCAAACAUUUUGUUUACCCUUCCAUUAUGAGUUUAAGACUAUGGACUGAAUUUGCUUUAAAUUUUAUUUGUCCAAAUGCAAAUAAACUAAGUUUGUUAAUGACCCGUUUUUUUCUGGUGGUAGCGUUAAGAAAGGCAUCAAACGUCAUAAAAUUAAACCAAUUAGCUUCAACUGUCUUGCUUCUUUCUCUAGUGAAGCAGUCAUAUGGCUCUAGAAACGAUAAAUAAAAUCUUUUAAAGUCUUAAUAUACCCUUCAUUGGCCCUUUCUGAAUAUUCCCAAGUACAUAUCAGAAAUAUAGAUCUGGUCCUAUUAAACUGCCAUUUAUUAAUAUUAACAAAGCAGCAUUGCUGCCAGAAGCAAAAGCAGAAAAACAAUUUAUCUCUCUGCCUUCUUGAAGUGUGCAAGAUAAAUAUGUACCAAUUUAAAUGAAAGUGAACAUCAGUAAACUAGACAGAUUUAUUGAGUUAGCUUGUAGCAAAAUGAGCUUGUUCCGUUUUCACAUACUUUUUCUGGUAGUAAAUGUUUUAAUCUAUUGAUGCCAUGGAGAAAUGCUACAUUAGCUAUAAAACAGAGAGAGGGCACCGUUCAGUGACAGGACCAAUAAUAUGUAUAGAGCAGUAAACACUUUGCAAGUAUUUAAUGGUCCUGAAUUCAAAUAGACAAUAUAUAGUUGACUAAGCUGAGGGAGAAGAUUCAUUAGACCUGCUGGCUUCUCCAAAUGCAUAAAUUUAACUUAGACAUGAUGUGCAGACAUCAGUUCUUCAGUAGUUGUAGAAACUACAUUUGAUUUCAAAAAGAAGGAAAACCCAUUCUCAUAGGCUGCUGCACACCAGAAUUUUAUAUUCUCUUUUUCCUUUGAUGGUAUAAGCUCUUGAUUCUUACUGUUGUUGUGAAGGAUUUAUUAUUUCCCAUCUCACAUCUCUCCUCUCUAAAACUGGUAGACACAAUAGAGCAUAGAACCUCACCAUGAUCUGAUGAACCCAUGUUACACAUGUAACAAGUGAGCUGAUAUUCAGGGAAGACUUGUGAGUUAAGACACCAUUGUUUGGGAUGAAAAAAUACCAUGUGAGAAAUCUAAGAAACGUAAAACUUACCUCCAUACUCUAUUUCCAAAUGUAUAUGUCAUUUGCUUAAAAGUAGAUACCAGGGGCUCCUGGGUGGCUCAGUCAGUGAAACUUCUGACUCUUGAUUUUGGCUGAGGUCAUGACCUCAUGGUCUGUGGUGAGAUGGAGCCCCAUGUCAGGCUGUUUGUUGAGCAUGGAGCCUGCUUAAGAUUCUCCCUCCCUCUCCCUCUGCCCCUCUCUCCCACUGACAUGCUCUUUCUCUCUUAAAAGAAUGAUAAUAAAAUAAAAUAAAGUAAAAGCAAAGUAGAAUAAAAGUAGAUACCAGAUUCGGAGGUCACGUAGUUUUUCGAUAAGUGGCAAAUCAGCCAAAAUUCACAACUUGAGAUUUCAUGCAAAAUAUCAUACUUUGAAUCUACUUUUCAAACUUUGUUAAGUUUGAAAUAGUGUAUCGCACCAUUGUGUUACUUCAUUUUCUGGGUGAGAAAAAUUAGUCAAUAUAAAAUGACCAGUAAUCUUCUUGGGAGACUAUGCAGACCAUCCAAUGAGCAUAAAUCUUACAGCCAAGAUUAUCUUUUUUCAAAUCCUAGUUCUGUUUCUUACUAGAUUUGUGACCUUAAGAUUUGUUAAUUAAUUUCUCUAUCCCAUACUUUUUUCAUCUAUAAAAUGGUGACAAUAUAUACUUACCUUAAAGAGCUGUUUUGAUAAUUAAAUGAGUUAAUAGUGUUUUCACACAGUAAACAUUCAACAACUGUUAGCUAUUGUCGUAAAUGCUUGUUUCAAAUUAUGCAUUUAUUCAUUCAUAUUUAAAAAUGCCCAAAAUUGCAAGCUAUUUUAUUUUCAGUAUUCAUUAUUGUAAAAUGUAGCACAAUGGAACAGAGUAUAGUAGUUUUUUUGUUUUGUUUUGUUUUAGUAAUUAGAUAUUAAGCUAAAAAUCACAUGGAUUUAUUAAUCCUCAUAUUUAGAAAAUAUUCACUUCAGCAUAGCAGUUACACAAUCCACAUCUACAUUUUAUUUUAAAAUUUCGUUUCCCUUUAUUUUGCCUUUGGUAAUAUGAGUAAAGUUAUACCACUUAUUCAAAAGCAUCAAAGGUAAGAGAUGUACUGAUUCAACGAAUUCAAACUAUUUACUGAAUAGCUUCCACAUUCCAGGUACUAUUCUGGAUGGUGGGACACAGCAGUGAAGAAAAUGGAGAGAGUCCUUGAAUAUGUACAACUAACUUUCUAGUAGAUAAACAGAGUAUGUCACAGUGUGAGGGUUUCUAAGGAGAUAUAUUUUCUAUCUGAAAUGUGUUUGUAUUUAAUGUUGUACUUUUUAAAAUAAUGACCUAAUACAGUAGACAUAAUAAUAGUACUUACAUAAAUACUUCAUAAUCAUUGUAUAUACUUCAUGUUGCGCCUACACAUAAGAAAUUAAAAUUUUACUAAAUACCAACUGCAGUUGACUAGAUAUCAAUUGCUUUCUUAUUUAAUUUUGUCUCCAAGGAAGGUUAUUUCACUAAAAAGUAAACAACAACAAUAGACACUAAUAAUAUUAUACCACUGAUAGUGCCUUACGUGGUGCUCUAACCAGCAAAUUCAUUCUUACGAUCCUUUACAGGGAGCUGCUUCUACAAACAGUUGGAGGCUAGUUAGUUUAAACAGACAGUGAAGUAUGUUGCCACCAGUCCAAUAGGAAAAUAAAUACGUAAUGACUUGUUUCAUUCCCUAAAACUCUGUUUUUCCUCUCAACUGACACAUUUCAGUAAAAUAAACAAAAAGUGCAUUCAGUGAAUUACUGAACAGAUGUUGUUUGAGUGUUAUAAAGAAUGGGAGGGAAAACACACUUUGUUGUCUGUUUAAUUUAAUUUUAGAUUUAAUAUCUUAGCUUUGGGUAUUGUACUGCAUUACAUACAUUUGGGGGCUGUCUGCUCAUUUUGCUACCUCACUUUGACCUAGCUAAUGCACAACUCUUGUUUAAGGAAUCUUCAUUCCUUCUGUCACUGUCUUUCAAAGGAAGGACGUAAGUCCAUAAGGAAACCAGAUUGUGAAGAAUCUGCCCUCUUUCUCAGGAGCACACAGUUCCUGGGUCAAAUAUUAUAACAUUGUUGAGCUAGACCCCAUUGUGAAUGUUUUCCACUGCAAGUAUGAAAUAAGUAGAAAUUGUUUACUACACAAUUUACUAUGUUUGGCUGGGCCAGGGGCAUCUUGACACAGAAUUGUCACAGAUACACUAUGAUGGACCCUGAAGAAUUAAAGAAACAGGAAACUCCUAUGAGGAAACUGCUACUUCUACAGUUUUCUAAGCUCCAAAAUUAAUAAAACAUGUUUUUUUCCCUUCAAUUAGGAAAAAAAGUAGCAAACGAUUUUAUGUAUGCCACUUUCCUUUUUGGCACAUUUAAUCCUUCUACCCCUGCGUUUGUUUCACCUCUGCAGACAUUAUUGAUUUAAGUCAAACACUGGCCCCUCACUUUACAGUGACCAACUGUGCCUUGUGAGUCUGGAAUCUGACUCUGCCCUAAAAGAUAUCCAAAGAAAGCCUCGUCUGAAAACAGAUCUUAACUAGAUGGUUCUGAGAAGUUCUUUAGCAAAAAAUCAGUAUAAUAAUUUUUUUCAAUAUGCAUUAUUGCUAGUUAUUAAUACUAACUUUAAAAAACUUUUUGUUUCUUUGUUGAAAUCACAAUCAGAUAUUGUCACUGACAGCAGGACAUCAAAAACGGUAUUUUCUAUACCCAUUAAAUAUAACUUAAUGGGUAGAGCAGGGCUGGCACUUAGAAAGUAAUAGAGGUAGGUGAGAACUCUAUUCCCUCGCUCAGUUAAUGAAAUUAUUCAACGAUAACAAAUAAUGCAAGUACCAUGUACUUGUAAGAUAGUGGUUUAGCACUUGGUUUCUGAUAUCAGAGGCCUGGCAUUGGAUCCUGGUCUGUCAUGUUAAUUUAUCUGUAUCAUGGUUUCUUUUUUUCCAAUAUUGAAGUAGUAAUACUGUCUACUUUAUGGCAGCAAUGUAAUUGUUAAGUGGAUAAUACGUGUAAAUUAUUUAAAACCAUAAGCUAGUAAACAGUAAGCACUCAAUUAAUAUUAGUUAUCCUCAUUAUUUUUGCCCUAAUCCCUUUCUUAUUAGCCAAAGAGCAAAGCAUAGAGGUUAAGCGUGUAGGCUUAGAAGUUCAAAUACCACCUCUACCAAUUGCUAGUUAAUGGCCUCUGUACUCAGUCUCCCCAUCUGUAUAAUGGUGACUAUAAUCUCAACAGAGUUGUUGUGAAGAUUGCAUAAGAUGAUAUAGAUAAUAUAUUUGGCAAAUAGGCUGCUAUAGUAUAAAUGCUAAGUAAAUAGCAUUAUUUACUAUUUUACUAAUAUUAAAACUUAUUGUUUUAAUAUUAAGGAGAAACUUCACAGAGAUUACAAAAUCAUCCUAGCAAUUGAUUGUAGAAUAAAUAUUUUGCAAUGUGCAGUUAUAUAGGUAGCUAAAGACAUAAUGGACUCCACUGUAGAGGGAUAAGAUGUUCUACCUAUGGAGAAUUUUUGUGCCUUCUUAGCAGAAAUGAAAGACACGCUUUGCUAUCUGUAAGAUUUGUCUUCUUCUCUUUUGUUGAUAUCAUUGAAAAAACCAUACAAAGUUUAUAUUUGGAGCCAUUUGCCUGUGGUUUUAAAAGCAUGUCAGUGCCAACAUUUAUUUACCACCACUUAUAACAGGACAGUGAAAUCUAACCCAGUAAUGCCUGGUGUAUGAUAUAGACUAUUCUGCCUUCAAGAACCUCCAAAUGCUUCCAGGAGAAGGCAAAAAUAUCGGGUGCCAAGAGAAUGGUAAAUGAGACAGCAUAAUUGAAAUGAACUAGAAUAGAUAUUGGCAAGCAGUGUCCAUGGGAUAAACAUCCAUUGGAUUGUCUUUCUACUAGCCCAUGAGCUAAGUAUACCUUUUACACUUUUUAAUUAAGAGAUGUUAAAAAAAAAAAAAAAGACGACGACAAUGGUGAUGACAGCAGCUAUGCAGUGCAGCCUGUAUGUGUCUCUCAAAGUGUCACAUACUAUCUGGCCCUUUGCAGAAAAGGUUUGCCAAUCCUCAGACUAGAACAUUAUUGACACCUCCCUCCCCACAAACUAAGCUGAAAUCACACAUUUAUUCAACAUGGGACUGCUAAAUAAAGCAGUAAUCAUGAAGGAAGAGCUUCGAACCUACUGUAGAAUUUGGCUUAACUAGAAAUAGGAGAAGAUGUGAGGCAUUCUGAACAAGGGCAACAGAGUGAGAGAAAGUUGAAAAAUAUAUGGAAGUGUGGAGUAUAUGAAAUAAGAAUGAAUAAACCAUUAUAAAGAAUAUGAUUAGGCUAUAGGAUUAAUAAGACAUAGAAAUGGAAAAAUCCUGUGUGUGCUCUCUCUCAAAAAAUUAAUAAAUAAAAUAAAGUAAAAAAAAAAAGUAAAGUAACUUGAUUUCUUUCAGUUUCUGAUCUUUCUCAUCAGUAAAAUUAGAGCAGUCAUUCCUGCCCUCACAAUACAUAAAAUUGUGAAACAAAUAAAAAAAAUUACAUUAUGUAUUAAUUUGUUUUUAAUACUAUUAAGAGUUUAAAAGUAAAUUGUGAUUUGGGGCUAAUAUCUAAUUCUCUGGCUUCAUUUGUUUUUUUAUUUGUAACAUAUUGGCUGAGAAUAAAUGACAUCUAAAAGAAUUCAGCCCCCAAACCACAGUAAUUACAACAUAUUUACUAAGUAUGUAGGAUUAGAUUAGAUGAAUUUUAAAGAUCUCAUUUAUUGCAUCUCCAGAGCUGGAUGCAUAGAACCUAGUAACAGGAAUCAGUCAAAAAUAUAUUUCUCAGGAACAAAUGGAUGACAUUUUACACAAGAAGUUAGAACAGUUUGUAGUCAAACUGUUGUUUUAUUUUUAACUACAACUUCUCUUAACGAUGCCCUCUCUCUGCUACUCCUAUUUUUGUAUGUUUUUUAUCUCUUUACACAAGUUCCUCUGCAAGCAUUUAAAAAUAGCUUAUUGUUGGUAAAUAAGUACACUGAAAAUCACCAAUUGUUAGACUGCAAUUUUUCCUGAGGCAGAGAUCAGUUCCUUGUCUGUAACAUGUUCGUAAAAGAACCACCAAAUCCACAAAGUUUCUCUGAGGAUUAAAUAAGAAGAUCCUCAGGAAAACUAUUCACAUAGUUACACACUCAGUAAGUUAGGUGUUAUGAUUAUAAUUACAUGUCUCUGUAUUCGAAGCUCUAAAGGUCUUGCAAAUAACAAGUACAUUCAGUGGACCUAAUAUAAAUAUACAUUAUAGUCUUACACACUCUGAGGGUACUCUGCCUUUGUUUCUUGUUCAGCAACUUUAAAUGCCAUGCUGUUGUUACACACUGGUAACAGGUCAUUAUGAUGGGGGUACAUCAUUGAUGAACCAAAUGUAAUGUUGUCUUUACUACCAAUAAUAUUUUAGAAAAAUUAUUAUUUUUACUAGAAGCUUUUUCUGAUAUAUUCUCCAAAGAGCCUACUAAUAGCUCCGUUUUCUUUUAAAAGGCUAAAUUAGCAGGAAGAUUUUACAGAUCCAUCAAAAGGAUGGCAAGUUAAUACAAAAUAAAAAGUAGUUUCAGUUUCUGCACCCUCUAUUGAUAUUGUAUUUAAGUGUUUGAAUUAGAAUGUGGCUACUGAAAGCAUCUUGUAAAUUAUUGACAUUUUCAAUCUACAUACUCCAAGAUGAAAUUCAUUAGAAGGUAAUAAUUUUGGAAACACAUUAUAUAAAGCCAUUGUAAUACAGAGGUGCUUGGGCAGCACUUUUAUUCACCAGUGCACGGCUAUUACUUGAAAAACAUAAUUUAGAAGCUGAGCUGCAGAGAUUACCCAUGUCUUUUCAUUAAAUAAAGGAUUAGCACCUUGUUUAUUGAAAGAGACAGAUGUCUGUCAGAAUUUUUGAUAUGAAGUAUACCAAAAUUAAUGAACUUUACAGGUCUUUUUUAUUUCUAUUUACUGAAGUGCUUCUGUAUUUUAUUGGUGUAUGUGAAAUAGAAAAAGAGAAUUUUCUCUGUUUCAGAAUAAUGAGAAUUAACAGGACAUGAGGUAUUCAGCGCAUUUUUGUUUCUGGUGAUAAGAAACAUCUUGUUUCCUUGGGCAAGAAAUGAGGAAACUUUUUUUUUUAGAAAAUUAUUAUUAUUUUGUCUUCUUUGGAGAGGCUUUGCAUCAGUAGUCUCAGGGUUAAAAGCCCUGAAAAAUAUGACAUGCAGUCUCAUUCCCUGAAAAUACUACAGUACAACUCAUCAUUGCAUGGAGGCUUAAGAAACACUAAUUGAGCUUUUCUUACGUGCUGCAUAUUGGAGAUGCAACAAUGGAUAAGAUCACUUGUAUUUGAAUUUCAACUCUACCACUCACUAAUCAGAGAGCAGUGCCUCUUUGAGACAGAUGGAAGGGACCUGUUUCUUCAUUUAAAAAGUUAAGAUAAAGAGAAUAUCUACUUCAUAAGGUUUCUCAGAGAUGAUUGAAUGAGUACUGUAUGAAAAACUUCAGGGCAAUAUAUGGCACAUGGUACAUGCUUAGCGAAUGUUCUUGUAACAGAGUGCUUACCCUCAGGAAGAUUCCAUUUGUGUUAAAUAUAUCCUCCAAAGUGCACUCUCACAUGAAUUUCUUGACAGAAAGGAAAUGGAGAGCAAGAAUGCAACAAACACUUUCAUUGAGUUUACAGGUAGUGAGAGCCAGUGUUUAUUACACAAAUGACAGACUCUUCCAUCUGUCAAGGUUGUUCUUAGUCAACUCCUUUAACCCUUGAGUUUUUGUUGAAUCAUCUUUGAUGUAGGAAUAACAAAUACCACAUCACAGUGUUGUUUGAAGAACUAAAUCAAGUGAUUCGUAUGAAAACAUUUUGUUAAAGUAUAGAGUGGUAUAGAAGUGAAAGUAUUAUUGUAAACUUCUGAUUAUUCACUUAUAGAUGGCCUUUUUUAUAGAUGAUACACCAGCAAAUUUUCAUCCAAGACUGAUUUUUUAUUACUCACUUAGUUUCCUUUAUUGCUGUCUCCUUCACUGCCCAGCUGGCCAGUGAUAAGGGUAUUUUAAUAGUCCAAGCCAAAUGUAACCAAGAAAAUAAUGCUGUUUAAAAUAAUAAUAAAUUUAAAUGAUAAAAAAGGUACUUAUAAUUUUUAAUGUUGUAUAACUAUCUCUUGUUCCCCAUAAACAUUUUUAUUUGUAUGUUACAGAAAUAUAGAGGCAUCAUUGGAUUAUAUAACAUGGAUGGAAAAUAUCUAGUACGACUUACAGUUUAAAAUAAAAGAAAAUUUAACCUAUAUUAGAAUUAGAUACAAUUUCAUAGUUCUUAGUUAUGACAAUUUAGUUCUAACAAUUUUUAGCACGCAACAAUUUUAUUUCUCUGUAAUUUGCAAUGCAAUUUGGAAAAGACUGGCAAUGCGUGCAUAUGCUCUCUCAUCCAUACCUUUUCUAAUUAAAAAAUGCAAUUCAAAAGUACUGCAUAUGGUAUAGAUAUGGAUAGAACUAAUAACAUCUUAUUUUUUCUAAACAAUAACAUGGCUAUUGGCUAUAUAUUAUUUCUCUUUUAUGAACUGUUGGGAAAUAAAGAGAAAAUUUACUAGUCUUUUUUUCUUUCCUGUUUCUGCCUUUUAUACAGAAUAAAAUUACCCUUAGUUUGAAUUUGUCAUUUACUCUAACCACAGGAUAUAGCUUACAACAUUAAGUUUGACAAAGGACAACAAUGAAAUCACUUUGAGGAAAUAUAUAAACAUAUUUGCAGAGGCUGAAUGGACAAUAAAAAUAGUUUGGGGAUUAAAAGUGAAGAGAGAAAAAAAGAGAGUAACUAGUUCCACAGAGGAUUGGAAAUGAACAGUGACACUAUAAUGCCAGAAUUCAGGAUAUUGGACCAGACCAAAAGACAGGAGGUACUGAAGAAGGCUGAACACAGAUCUCACCGUACGAUUCAUUUAUUUAUGAUCUCAUUACAGAGAGGAGAGAAGGGAGUAUUUUUGGUCUGUGUUUUUAGAUCAUUACAGGCUGUUUUAUAGCAACACUUUGUUCUCUCCGAUAUAAUUCUCAAGACUAUUCGUAUAGUUUUUCUUAUUUCCCUUUUUUUCCCUCCAGUUUUACACUUAAUUAGUUGGAGAUACAUAUUGCACAUGAAUUGCACCUUCCUCCACAUCCAUUAAAAUACAAAGGCAUUGUACACAUAAUACAUUGCACAUAUGAUUAUAUAUAGCAAAUCUGGAUUCUUUUCACCAUUUUUUUCUUUUUACUACAUGCUUAAAACGUUAAGAAGCAGAAUUAAUCACCUCUAUUUGGAUUAUAUAUUAAUUCAGCAGCUAUUCACUGAGUACUUAUGCACCAGGCAUUAUGAAGGAUAUAGUGUCAAGGGUGUUAACUUGUGUCCAUACAGUUUGUUUGUUUGUUUGUUUGUUUCCCCAGGGGAAAGAAGCUUCUAGAGUCAGAACCACAUGAUGGACAGUGACUGGCUAAUCCUCAAUCUUACUAAGCUUUUCAGUGACAAAUUAUGUUUGCCUUGCCAAUUUUUGUUAAAGGGAAUAUGAUUUGUGUAUGCUUGUUUCUACUUAAAUUAUAGGAUUGUUUUACUAGAGUCUUGAAAAUAGCAAAUAAAUGAUAAAUGAGCUACAGCCAGUCAUGACAUAGGCAAGAACACAAUAAUUUUCUCCAAAAUGAAACUGCCUAAUAAAUCUUAAUUUUGAGUAACCAGCAAGUAACAGAAGCACGCUUUACUUAAGCUGCAGCUUAUACCAAUUCUUAGACUGAGACCAGAGCAUUAAAAUUUUACCUAAUGACAAUUGAGAAGAUAGAAGUAAAAGGUCUUUAAAAAUAACAAUAUCCAGGGAUGCCUGGGUGGCUCAGUUGGCUGAGCAUCUGACGUUGGCUCAGGUCAUGAUCUAACAGCUUGUGGUUUCGAGCCCUGCAUCAGGCUCUAUGCUGACAGCUCAGAGCCUGGAGCCUGCUUUAGAUUCUGUGUCUCCAUCUCUCUCUGCCUUCUCCCUCGCUCAUACUCUGUCUCUCUCUCAGAAAUAAAUAACCAUUAAAAUUUUUAAAAAUAAUAACAAUAUCCAUUAAAUUGUAAGAUAGUAUUUACAGGAUAACAAAUAUCACUUGAUCUUAACCAAAAGGCAGAGAAGCGAUGAGAAUAACAAAUAUCAAUACUUUUGAUCACAUAUCCCACCUUCCUCAUUUAGUAGUUGUUGAAAAGAGAAAUACUAGUUGCCAAGAAGUUAGGGUAACUGUGCUUUAGAAUAAUAUGAAGAGUUUUAUGUAAAAUAAAACUCAAGUUGUAUGAGUAUACAUUUGAUGUUUCAGAAUAUAAACCUUCUAUAUACAGUUCUCAAAGGAUAUAUAUUUAGAUGUAUUUCAAGGAACAAAAUUAGUUCUAGAAAUUCUUUUGUAACCUAGUUGUUGAAAAAAAUGUCAACUUUAGUGUGACUUCCCACUUCCAACCUCCAUUUUCAUUGUAAUGUGCCUUGAGUCCAAACUUUUGAGACUAUUGAUUGAAUAAUUUCUUAAGGUGCUUAGUUAUGCUUCUUCUAGUUGUCAGUCUGAACCCAAAUUUGUUAGUAUUCUAGUCAGAGCAUGAAGUGCAUGUCUUAAGAGUUUAACUGAUAUGUAGUGAGGCAUAUAGUCCAAUGAACACUGCAGUCAUUCAAUAAAGUUUGAACAUAAUGAUAAAUUGUAAGAGUAUAGAAUUGCUAAAAGAGUCCUAGAAAUACUAUUAAAAUAAGAUUUGUAUAUUAAUGAGAUAAGGAAUCUUUUUAAAAAACUACAUUUGCAACUUCUUAAGCAUAACUUUUGGCAUAUACUAGCUUUGCGUUCUAACACAUGUUAACAUUGAGCUUUCAAAAAAGUGAAUGGGGAGAAAUGAAUGUGAUUUUGACAACAGAAGACAACAGCUUAGGUCAAAGCACAAAAUCUCACCUAAAUGCAAUUACCCAAACAGUAUUUCUCCUGUGUUUUGAAACUUCCUUAGAGUUUUAUUUAUUGUGCAAUACUAUUUUGGUUUAUCCAUUCUGUUGAAAGUUUUUUAGACAUCUAUCAUUUGCAAUCUGUGAUUUUUAAGUUUGUGUUAUGAACCCAUCCCCCCUCCAACUCUUCCUCUUGUUUUUUGUUGGUCCUUUUUUCUUCUUUUUGUGAUUUGGGCAAAUUGUCUCUAAUGAGAGAAAUGUUCAUAAGAUAAACAAGAUGCUGCUUGAUCAGUUACAUGAAUGCUACAAUUUCUCAGAAUUUUCCCUGACCUGAAUUGGUCAGUACCUUAAAAAUAAUAAUGGGAUCUAAUUUGAAAGAUGCAUAGCCAUAACACGGUUGAGGAUCUGAAUUUAUUCUUACAAGAGUAUGUUGAUUCAGUUAAGAAUUUCAGAAAAGGCCAGAACAGGUGGCUCAUGAUUUAUGUCAACCCUCUGAUAACAGAUUUUUCUGAAAGAUAUUUUUCCAUAAUAUCAAAUAUUGAUGAGUGGGAGGGAGAGAAAGUUUCUUCAAUAAAGAUUCUGAAUCCAUUAUUUAGUGUGAGGGAAUUCCGUGUUAAUGUGUACCACAUGAGGUUUAUUUCUCAUAAAACUGACAUGGAAAAUCUUAGGCCUUAUGAAACAAGUUACAGAGUAGUUUCUUCUGAAGAGAUCAAUCCUUGAGAUGGGUAAAAAGCAAGACUAUUAUGUUAAAUGGUGAUAUAAACUAUAAUAUUUUAUAAAUGAGGCAAGUCAAACUAUUUGAAAGCUUUAUAUGUAUAAUUACCUUCCUAACUUUAAAAGGGAAAUAUUGGUGUUCUUAUUAUGAAUCUUAAUUUCCUAUGUCUAUAGUUUGGAAUUGUAUGUUGUGUUUUUUUGUUUUUUGUUUUUUGUUUUUUUCAAUCUUAGCUUGAUUAACUUUUGCCUUACAUUUUCCAAGUCUGUACUAUAUUUUUUUUAAGUUUAUAAUAUGGUUGCUUUUUUAACAAAUAAUUUUACUAGGGAAAUGUUUUUUUAAAAAAACAUUAUGUUCAAAAAGCAAGUGUGAAUGAAAUAAAUUAUUAACUUUCAGUUUGGAAGAGGUGAAUAAAAAGUGCUUGGCCAAUACCGUACCAUUAAUCUAUUCUCUUUUCUCCUUUCUCUCUGUACUUCUCUCUCUCCAAUAGAAGUGGAACAAAAAGUUUUUCUUUGCCCUGGACUACUAAAAGGAGUAUACCAGAGUGAACAUUUGUUUGAAUCUGACCACCAGUCUGGGGCAUGGUGCAAAGACCCUCUGCAGGCUUCUGACAAGAUUUAUUAUAUGCCCUGGACUCCCUACAGAACUGAUACCCUGACUGAGUACUCAUCCAAGGAUGACUUCAUUGCUGGAAGGCCAACUACAACCUACAAGCUCCCUCACAGGGUGGAUGGCACAGGAUUUGUAGUGUAUGAUGGAGCUUUGUUUUUCAACAAAGAACGCACCAGGAACAUAGUAAAGUUUGAUUUGCGGACUAGGAUAAAGAGUGGAGAGGCUAUCAUAGCAAAUGCCAAUUACCAUGAUACCUCUCCUUACCGAUGGGGAGGCAAAUCUGACAUAGACCUGGCAGUGGAUGAAAAUGGGCUCUGGGUGAUCUAUGCAACAGAACAAAACAAUGGUAAAAUUGUCAUUAGUCAAUUGAACCCUUAUACUCUACGGAUUGAAGGGACAUGGGAUACUGCAUAUGAUAAAAGAUCAGCUUCCAACGCAUUUAUGAUUUGCGGGAUUCUGUAUGUGGUCAAAUCUGUAUAUGAGGAUGAUGACAAUGAGGCCACAGGGAAUAAGAUUGACUACAUUUAUAACACUGACCAAAGUAAGGAUAGUUUGGUGGAUGUACCAUUUCCCAAUUCAUACCAGUACAUAGCGGCUGUGGAUUACAACCCCAGGGACAACCUUCUUUAUGUUUGGAACAACUAUCACGUCGUGAAAUAUUCUUUGGAUUUUGGACCUCUGGAUAGUCGAUCAGGGCAGGCACAUCAUGGGCAGGUGUCAUACAUCUCUCCUCCAAUUCACCUGGACUCUGAGCUAGAAAGACCCCCUGUGAGAGAAAUCUCUACCACAGGACCUCUUGGUAUGGGAAGUACCACCACCAGUACCACCCUGCGGACCACAACUUGGAGCCCAGGCAGGAGUACUACCCCCUCAGUGUCAGGAAGAAGAAACCGGAGUACCAGCACCCCAUCUCCAGUUGUGGAGGUGCUUGACGACAUUACCACACAUCUGCCAUCAGCAGCGUCCCAAAUCCCAGCCCUGGAAGAGAGCUGUGAAGCCGUGGAAGCCCGAGAAAUCAUGUGGUUUAAGACCCGUCAAGGACAGAUGGCAAAGCAGCCGUGCCCUGCAGGAACUAUAGGAGUGUCAACAUAUCUAUGCCUGGCUCCUGAUGGAAUCUGGGAUCCCCAAGGACCAGAUCUUAGCAACUGUUCUUCUCCUUGGGUCAACCAAAUAACACAAAAGUUGAAAUCUGGAGAGACAGCUGCCAACAUAGCUAGAGAGCUGGCUGAACAAACAAGAAAUCAUUUGAAUGCUGGAGACAUCACCUACUCAGUCCGUGCCAUGGACCAGCUGGUAGGGCUCCUAGAUGUACAACUCCGGAACUUGACCCCAGGUGGAAAAGAUAGUGCUGCACGGAGUUUGAACAAGCUUCAGAAAAGAGAGCGCUCUUGCAGAGCCUAUGUCCAGGCAAUGGUCGAGACAGUUAACAACCUCCUCCAGCCACAAGCCUCAAAUGCAUGGAGAGACCUGACUACAAGUGAUCAACUACGUGCAGCGACCAUGUUGCUUGACACUGUGGAGGAAAGCGCUUUUGUGCUGGCUGAUAACCUUUUGAAGACUGACAUUGUCAGGGAGAACACAGACAAUAUUCAAUUGGAAGUUGCAAGGCUGAGCACAGAAGGAAACUUAGAAGACCUAAAAUUUCCAGAAAACAUGGGUCAUGGAAGCACUAUCCAGCUUUCCGCAAAUACUCUAAAACAAAAUGGUCGAAACGGAGAAAUUAGAGUGGCCUUUGUCCUGUAUAACAACUUGGGUCCUUAUUUGUCCACGGAGAAUGCCAGCAUGAAGUUGGGAACAGAGGCUAUGUCCACCAAUCAUUCUGUUAUUGUCAAUUCCCCUGUUAUUACAGCAGCAAUAAACAAAGAGUUCAGCAAUAAAGUUUAUUUAGCUGAUCCUGUGGUGUUCACUGUUAAACAUAUUAAGCAGUCCGAGGAGAAUUUCAACCCUAACUGUUCAUUUUGGAGCUAUUCCAAGCGCACAAUGACAGGUUACUGGUCAACACAAGGCUGUCGGCUCCUAACAACAAAUAAGACACAUACUACAUGCUCUUGUAACCACUUAACCAAUUUUGCAGUACUGAUGGCACAUGUGGAAGUUAAGCACAGUGAUGCGGUCCAUGACCUUCUUCUGGAUGUGAUCACGUGGGUUGGAAUUUUGCUGUCCCUUGUUUGUCUCCUGAUUUGCAUCUUCACAUUUUGCUUUUUCCGUGGGCUCCAGAGUGACCGUAACACCAUCCACAAGAACCUCUGCAUCAGCCUUUUUGUAGCUGAACUGCUCUUCCUGAUUGGGAUCAACCGAACGGACCAACCAAUUGCCUGUGCAGUUUUUGCUGCCCUACUACAUUUCUUCUUCUUGGCGGCCUUCACCUGGAUGUUCCUGGAGGGAGUGCAACUCUAUAUCAUGCUGGUGGAGGUUUUUGAGAGUGAGCAUUCACGGAGGAAAUACUUUUACCUGGUUGGCUAUGGGAUGCCUGCGCUCAUAGUGGCUGUGUCCGCGGCGGUAGACUACAGGAGUUAUGGAACAGAUAAAGUAUGUUGGCUCCGACUUGACACCUACUUCAUUUGGAGCUUUAUAGGACCAGCGACCUUGAUAAUUAUGCUUAAUGUAAUCUUCCUUGGGAUUGCUUUAUAUAAAAUGUUUCAUCAUACUGCCAUUCUGAAACCUGAAUCAGGCUGCCUUGAUAAUAUCAAUGCCUCCCUUGGUUCCAUUUAUUGGAAUCUUUACUAUGAGGAUAACAGACCCUUCAUCAAGUCAUGGGUUAUAGGUGCAAUAGCUCUUCUCUGCCUGUUAGGAUUGACCUGGGCCUUUGGACUCAUGUAUAUUAAUGAAAGCACAGUCAUCAUGGCGUAUCUCUUCACCAUUUUCAAUUCUCUACAGGGAAUGUUUAUAUUCAUUUUCCAUUGUGUCCUACAAAAGAAGGUACGAAAAGAGUAUGGGAAAUGCCUGCGGACGCAUUGUUGUAGUGGCAAAAGUACAGAGAGUUCCAUUGGCUCAGGGAAAACAUCUGGUUCUCGAACUCCUGGACGCUACUCCACGGGCUCACAGAGCCGAAUUCGUAGAAUGUGGAAUGACACGGUCCGAAAGCAGUCAGAGUCUUCCUUCAUUACUGGAGACAUAAACAGUUCAGCGUCACUCAACAGAGGAGCCAUGGCUAAUCAUCUUAUAAGCAAUGCUCUGCUUCGUCCGCAUGGUACUAACAAUCCCUAUAAUACAUUGCUUGGGGAACCGGCGGUCUGUAACAACCCUUCUGUCAGCAUGUACAACGCACAAGAGGGGCUUCUGAACAAUGCCAGGGAUACAAGUGUCAUGGAUACUCUACCACUGAAUGGUAACCAUGGCAAUAGUUACAGCAUUGCCAGUGGCGAAUACCUGAGCAACUGUGUGCAAAUCAUAGACCGUGGCUAUAACCACAAUGAGACCGCCCUAGAGAAAAAGAUUCUGAAGGAACUCACUUCCAACUAUAUCCCGUCUUACCUGAACAACCACGAGCGCUCCAGUGAACAGAACAGGAAUCUGAUGAACAAGCUGGUGAAUAACCUUGGCAGUGGGAGUGAAGAUGAUGCCAUUGUCCUGGAUGACGCCACCUCCUUCAACCACGAGGAGAGUUUGGGCCUGGAACUCAUUCAUGAGGAAUCUGAUGCUCCUUUGCUUCCCCCAAGAGUCUACUCCACAGAGAACCACCAGCCACACCAUUACACCAGAAGGCGGCUCCCCCAAGACCACAGUGAGAGUUUUUUCCCUUUGCUAACCAACGAGCACACAGAAGAUCUCCAGUCACCCCAUAGGGACUCUCUGUACACCAGCAUGCCAGCACUGGCUGGUGUGCCUGCCACAGAGAGCGUUACCACCAGCACCCAGACCGAACCCCCACCGGCCAAAUGUGGUGAUGCCGAAGAUGUUUACUACAAAAGCAUGCCAAACCUAGGCUCCAGAAACCACGUCCAUCAGCUGCACACCUACUAUCAGCUAGGUCGCGGUAGCAGUGAUGGAUUUAUAGUUCCUCCAAACAAAGAUGGGACCCCUCCAGAGGGAAGUUCAAAAGGACCAGCUCAUUUGGUCACUAGUCUAUAGAAGAUGACACAGAAAUUGAAACCAACAAAACUGCUAACACCUGGUUGACUGUUCUGAAUUGAUAUAAGCAGUGGUAAUAAUGUGUGUACUCCUAAAUCUUUAUGCUGUUCUUGAAAGACAAACACAAACUUUCAGACUUUUUUUUUUUUUUUUAACUGGGAUUUUUAGGUCAGCCCAGGGGAGAAAGAUAACUGCUGAAAUUCCCCUGUGCCCUCUCCUUUCUUGUCUUUUCCCCCUCAGAUGGAGACUUCAUUAUGUUAAUGAACGAGAUAUGAAGAAAAUGGCGCUCAUUGUGGCCUUGUUGAAUUAUGUUGUGUUUGUUCUAACAUCUCUGAUGCUCUGUUACUAUAAUUACAAGGACCUGAUUUUUAAAAGGCCAGAACAGUUGUUUGACAUUAGUAACAAUGCUGCAUCUAGAUUGGAGUGCUGCACAAACAAACAUAAAAACAAAGCAAAACUGUAUCACAUAGUGGUUUUUAGUCACUCACAACCUGAAUUGACCACAGUGGGAAUAGCUGUGGAAUACAAAAUAAAACAACAAAUUAAUAAUGAAAUGGAGGGGAAUUCUAGAAUUAUAUGCUAAAUGCAUAUUUUAUGAUUUGCUGUAUUAACUGAUGAUAAAACUAAUGGCAGAAAAAAAAUUGAACAAUUUCUAUGUAAUGUACAGAUACUAGCAUUGCACAUAUAGUCAGCUUUCUGUUCCUCCAGAAUUUGAGUCCUGUUAAUGUAGUGGAAAAAAAGAGAUAUUUUUUCUUUUUCUUUCGUGCUGGUCUUGCAAGUUUGUCUGCCAGUAAGAGAGCAAAGUUUCCUUCCUUCCUUCCUUCCUUCUUUUCUUUCUUCCUUCAUUUUCUUUGCUUUUUCUUCUCUUCUUCCUUUCUUCUUUUUUUCUUUCCUUUUAUUUUUCCUUUAUUUUUUCUUUAAAAUUUCACCUGGCAAAAUAAAUAAAUAAAUAAAUAAAUGAAACUAUCACUUUAUAAGAAUCAUUUUCUAGUAAUGCAAACAAAUUAUUUUUUACAAAAAAAUAAAAUAAAUAAAAUUAGACUUCCUUCCCUCACUAUAUAUCUUUAUUCAGUCAGAAUAUUUCCAAGAGCAUUUUUGCAGAUUAGAGCAGGACGAACUUUUAUGUUUACAGUAUACAUCUGUUGUAAUGCAAAGUAUAUUUGGCAAGCAGUUCAUCACCAAGACAGUAGCUAUGAUUCUAGAAGUCAAGAGGCGUCAAUAGAACUAGUGGGGCUUCUGCAUGUGAAAAAAAAAACGGUAUCCCAUAGGCAUUAAAGUGCUGAAUGCUCAGUCUGAUCCCCAAGUGGGCACCCGCACUACCAAUUUUUAAAGGAAAUUCACUCCCUUGUAGUAAGAAAUGAAAGGUCAAGUUAUUUUGAAGUGAUUUUUUUUAAACUCUUCUGUUUAUUAACAGGAAAAUUUAUUUAUUUGACAGGAUUUUAAGUAAUGUAGGAAUACAAGAGGUAAAUUAGCAGCACAUAUAAUUUUUUUUUAAAUUUAUGAUCCAUUUUGUAUGGUCUCAAAGUUGGAUGACCUCAUUACUAAUAUUUGUUGUAAAAGUGAAACUUGUUUGCCAACCAAUAAACAACUGAUUGAGAUUUAGAAGAUAUUGUUUUGAUGUAUGUACUAUAUGAUGAAUUAUUCUUUUCAUUUUUCUCGUCUUUCCUUCUGUUUUCAUUAUAUAUACUUAGCUAAUCGAUUACUCUAUGGCCCAAAUGAGCCAUGCAAUAGAAAUCAGAUCUGCCUAGAAGAAUAACCUAAGCACAAAAUUUUACCAUUUUUGCAGACAAAGUAAACCAGAAAAAUGGGAUGGGCAUGUUUAUGUUGAAUGAAAUAAGAUGCAUAACUUACUUUUAAGCAGGUUAAUAUCAGCUACUAUGUGCUUAUUUUAUAAGCAGCAGCCAUCAUGCUUACUAUAAAAACCAGCUUCAAUCAGAGAUUUAUGUAUUGAAUUGAAGAGGGGGUGAGUCACUUAUUUUCCUUUCCUGUAAGUUCUAUUUUGAUGUCAGAAAUUUAAAGUCAUUCAGUUGGCUCAAAGCUGCCAGUUUAAUGGCAAAGAGAAUAUCCAUUUUAUAAAGAUAGUAGAAGACAUUUUUAUGCUAAUUUUUCUUGCCCCAUAUAUGAAACAAAGUCCUUUCAAAGAAACUUUCUAGAUCUCCAAUUACUGAAGAACCUUUACCAGCAGUGUCUAAACAUAGAGUCCCUUCUAGAGCAAAGCUAGAAUGAAUUUGCCAAAUUGUAAUUUAUCUUGUAGUGUAUGAUAUUUUGGUGACUUCUUUUUUCCCCCCCAAAUCUGAACACCACCCACCUAUUAAUUAAUUUCUUAAAUUAAGAUGAGAUGGAAUAGUUUAUGGAAUAACCAGUAAUCUCUAUAUAGUUUAAGAAUAUAUGACAAAAGAAAGAAUUCUGUGCUGGGCCAGACUACAUCAUAAUCUUAAUAUUCACCUCAGAAUAUUUUAUGCAUCAUUCCUUUUUAAGUCUCUAGAAUUGUUCUUGAGUUGCAGGAGAACCUCAAGCUUUAAUGGUAAUUAGGUUUUCACAUCCCACACUGUGGCAAUAUUAGCACCUGAAAGGUGGUUUGCCUAUCUGUUGCAUAGAAUACAUCUGGUAAUGAAAAAGCCCCUUUUAGACAACUUGUCUAAAGUUGGCCUGUGGAUUAUGAGCGCUUAUGCUUGUUUCGCCAAUUCAGCAGAGAUCUAUAUGAAAGCAGCUCGUCAGUAAGAAGCUAGUUUCACAGAACAAUGGGGAAACUACCUCAAGUCAGCUUGCUGAGGCUGCCAAUUCUGAUUUUCUGAUAUUGCUACCUCCCUGCCCGCUAUCUUUUAUGUGUCAUUACAUGGAAUUUGAAACAGGUAGCCUCCCCAGCUUUACACAGACCAACUGAAGAAAAUCACUUGAAUACAUAACUGGUGCGGAAGGACAUUUAGGACUGUCAGUUACUACCAAGCCCUUGCAUAAAGAUGAAAGGGUGAGAUGUUUGAAUUCGAAUACAUCACAAUUGAUGUGCUAUCAGAGAGACAAGAUCCCAAAGACUUUUACAGAAAGAGAUUGUUCCCUCAAGUUUUAUGUGACUAUACUGAAACAAAACAGUAGAUAUAGGAGCUAAUUAUGUGUACAUUUCAAUAGAAAUUUGUGUAUAUCUAACAUGUAUUCAUUUAGUCCUUUUUAUACUAGCAAGGCUUGAGUUCCUAAACUUGACUUUUUUUCACAUGUAUUUUCAUGCAUAGCUAUUGAUAAAUUAAUAAUUUUUAAAAAGUUUAUUGUUUUUUUACCACCUUUGGUUGACUAUACUUCAAUACCCUGUGCCAUUCAUGACUUACUUAUCUGCCUACUUCUGAUAUGCUUAUUUGAAAUUCUAUAAAAAACUAAAUUUUCAUCAAGCAGACGGACUGUACCUACAUAGCACAUCAUUUGGGUAGCUGGAAGUAAAAGUUAUGCCAAUAAAACAAACCAAUUAUUAUUUCCUAGUAAAAUAAUAUUUUUGUAAUAUUUUACUCUCGAGCUUUUUUUUUUUUCUUUUGAGGUCUAUCUCCCAAGGUACUUUGCAGGACACUAGCUAACAGAUCUCAUGUCUAGUUGACUCACAGAAUGUUGGAUUGUUGCACAGCCCAUGUUCCUAACUGAUAAUAUCUAUGGAGAAAACUACAUUUUGUGAAGGAAAAAUAGAUUUGAAUUUCAAUUUAAGUUUUUGAACAUCCCUCAAGUUCCACUCUAUUAAAAGUAAAAAAUACUAUAGUUGAAUAAUAAAUUGCCAUGCUUAAAUAAUCAUGACAAAAAAGAACUUGCAUGAGAACAAUUAUGUCAAAGUGAAAAUAAUCAGGAAACUGUAUUAAUAAAAUGUAGAUAAUGGAAAUAUCCUUAACUUCCUAUCAGGCAAAUUCACAAAGACUCAAAACUAAAGUGUAGUUUAUGAUAUAUACUUUUAAAAUCCCCAUUAACCUAAAAAUGUCAACAUAUUGUUAAAAGAUCUUUAAGAUUUAGUGUUUUUAAAAAAUUAAUUUAGUUGGUGUGACGAAACUUUUCAUGGUAAUAGAGAUAAACAUAUAAGAGAAUUAGUAAUAGUCAUAUAGAACCCAUGGACUUAAUUUUAGCCAGUAUCUUCAGCUUUUUGCCCCACACAUGUUCCAAUCCAUUGACAAAGGUUUACUUAGUUUAAAAAAUGACAUUAAAAACUUUUAAAGACUGACUUUCUGCAGUAUAGAGAACAAAAGGGAGAGGAAAACCAGUUUCUGGGUUGUCUAAAGAUAAACUCAGACUAAUCAAUAAUCAGCUCCUAUUAGUUAAAGAAACAUUUGUUUUCAGAAGUUGUGCGUUAGUAUUAUACCAAAGUGCUACUGCUUGAGGUGUUUUAGAAAAAACAAAAACACUACAGAACUACUAUACUACUACAAAUUUAGAGAGAGAAAGAAAGAAACCCAGACUCUAAUUUGAUUUUGAGCAAUUCUAAACAUAUUGACAAGAAUGUCCUUUCUUCUGUUACAAAACUAUUGGAGAUAAAAUAACAAUAUGUACGAUCUUCCUAGUAUAUUGUAGUACCAAGGUAUUAAGAUUUGAUGAGUUCAUGUUUAGUGGUUCAUAAUUAUAACUCACAACAUAAACAAUUACUAUGCAUUUCUAAAAAUACUUUACAUACAACCUCUGUUAGAUUUCUGCACAUUAAUAAAUUAGGAACAUGGGAGCACAAGAGUGAAACAGCAACAUUAGAAAAUAGCUUAUGGAAGCAUUUUUGUGCAAAUGAAUUCUACGUGGAAAGCUUCUUUGAGCUCAUAAAAUAGAUUUGAUGGAUCCCAACCAGAAAUUCAAGUUUGUAAUCAGCAAAUACAUACUUCUGAAGCCAUCUGAAAAAUAUUGAUAAAUAUCUAAAUUUUCAUUUCUAAAUUAAAAUGUUGGUAGCUGCUUCUUUCCUGCUUAGGCCAUAAGAGGAAUCUUUCCUAUUUUCUAAUUAACCUGAUUAGUUUCUACUUCACUUUUGCUUUAAAAGGGAAAUCAAUCUUUAACUUUCACCUAUACACUUACUUACAUACUUUGAUUCCUUUUAUUUACAGCUUGCAGAAGAAAUAGCUUGUUUACAAUAUUGCAAACUUUGUGAUUUUUGCAAUAUAACAGGUAGUUACUAUAGUUUUGCAUAUUUUCAUUUUCAAUAAACUUAUUGCCCUACCCUCUUUACAAAAAUUAAAAGCACGUCUCCAACAUCCAGGACCUGUAGGUUAUUAUUCAAAUGUCUUCGUUUCAGCUAUCUUUUGAUGUUUCUUUCUCUCUCUUAAUAGUAUGUCACACAAACUUUUUUCAUUUCACUUGUGUCCCAUCAGAGUAUUUCAAAAGUAAAGGCAAACUAUGGUUUUUAAGAAGGCACGUGAAAGGAGAACUUUGAUUUAUAAUGAAGAAGUUGAGGAAGACUACACAAGGGAAAACCCUCUGUUGGGAUAAGCAAGUCUUUUCCAUCACAAUAUGAACAGAAGAAGGGCAGAUCCAAGUUGGCAUACUUAUGGUGAGGCAGCAGGACCUAAAUUCGAGUUCAAAAGAAAAAAAAAAUUCCAGGAAAAAAUAAUGAAAUUGUUUAGAGUGGUAAAAACUUAACAGUGUAACAAGUGCUACUGGUGUGUUAAAACAAAAAUUGAAGUAUACCAUAUGAUAAUUUUAUCCUGCUGUUUACACAGGAAACUCUAAACACGUUCAGCACUCCUUAGAUAUUUCUUGUCUAGCCACACCUUGUCUCAAGGACACAUGAAUAUUUUAUAAAUGUUUCUUAAAUAUAAGUAUUUUGCCUCAAUUCACUUUCACUCUCUAAUCUGCUUAUUCUAUUGUAUGCCAACACAGUUAAUGCUACCAGUAGCUAUGCACCUUUUAGAGCUUUAUUAUGAAUCUUUCUAAUAAACAUUCAAUUAAUAUUAAAUUGGAAUUACGUACAUUGUGCAAAAUAAUCUGUAACCAAGCAAUAUUCAUAUUACAGGCUAAUUUAUUAUAUAUAUGAAUAUUACAUUGAGACUGAACAAAUAAUUACACAGCUGAAAAUAUUACUCUCAAGUCCUUUCUCUCUUCAAUUAUUGUAGUCAAUUUGUAAAAUUCUGCAGACAGUUGUAUGACAUGUAUCAAAGUACUCCAUAAUCCAAAUGUGUCUAAAAGUAUUCCCAAUGCUUCUUUCAUUCUAGAAUGCUAAAGAAAAGAGCUUGAAAGAAGAGGAAAGGAAAGCCGACUCCUAAGGAUCUAAUUUAGAUUAACAUUGCCAUUCAGAAUGAGUGAUUUUAAAAUGAGAAUGUUCCACUCUGUGAUCUGAGGUUAUUAAAAUUUUACAGUUAGUCCAAUAUUGGAGGAUUUUAAAUUUAAAAAGAGUUAAGUCUGUCUCAAUGGCCCAAGACUGCAGAAUUUCACACUACAUUGGCAAGUAAAUGUGUUUGAAAUCCAUACCUGAAGUAGCUUUUUAAAGGUUAAAAAUUCCCUGAUUCUUCUGAAGGUAAAACUGGUAAAUGAUCCUGGCUUCAAGAUGAAAUGGACUGGUUGACUUCAAAAAGUGUUUGGCAAAUAUCAAGAAUGUCAUCAACCCUUUAAUAGUAGGUAGAGGUCUUUGGGGAUACAGAAUACAGUGACUAGAACACAAUGUCCUCUUCUGCUGACCACUGCCUCAUGUUGGAGAGCAUUUUUAAUGCCUUGAAUUUCAAGUUGUCACAAUGUCUUAUGUUUUAAAUACCAUCAUGAAUCAAGAAAGAUGAGGAAAAAAACAUUUAAAGUUGGUUUUCAUGCCUCAUUUCAGAAUAAAGAUUUCCUUUACCAUUCUAAGUAAUAAAAAUGAUGUGUCUUGAAACAGCUGUAGACAAUCAGAAUGUGUUCAUUUAUAAACAAUUCUUUGUAUAUUCUAACACUAUUCUUUGCCUAUGACCUCCAAAAUCAGUAAGUGUAGAAAGAGUCAGCUGGAUUUCCUUUCAUUUGGCUUCUGUAAAUGCAUUGGAAGUAGAAGGAUAAUCUGGGACAUUUUUCCACACUGUUUUCCCACUUGCCAAUCAUUAAAUCUAAUUCAAAAUAUAUCUUUUUUUUAAAAUGAUAGUUUAUUUUUAAAAAUAACAACUAAUUAAGUUAUUUCUCAUUGAUAGGAACGAUUUCUCUUUUUAGGAACAAGAAUAUAGCUAUCGCAGGCUCUGGUCUCUUACCAUUCUCAUAUAUUUACAUGUGGAAUUAAUCUUAUCAUAUACACCUACCAGGUUUCUAUCUAUUGGAUUUUUUUCCCUUGUACAACCUUUCCAACCUCUUUUUUUUUUUUCUUAAAUGCUCUGUACAAUCACAUGUAAAAUCAUGAGCUACAAACCUCAAUAAAAAAUGUCAGUAAACAAUAA